GCGGCGGCGGUGCCCGGCGGGGAGGGGGUCCGGAGUGGGCCGCCGGACCCAAAACUGAGUGGGGGGGCCUCAGGGAGUCCCCUCGCCGGGAUCUUGGCGGCCUGAUGGAGUAGGAGGGGUCGGCUGUGAGUGUGUGACGUUGAGUGCUUCAGAUCUGGUCACUAUGGUACGAGAACGAAAAUGCAUAUUGUGCCACAUUGUGUACACCUCAAAAAAGGAGAUGGACGAACACAUGCGGAGCAUGUUGCAUCACAGGGAGCUUGAGAACCUGAAGGGCAGGGACAGUAGUCAUGAGUGCCGAGUGUGCGGGGUCACAGAAGUGGGUCUUUCUGCAUAUGCAAAGCACAUUUCUAGCCAGUUGCACAAAGAUAACGUUGAUGCCCAGGAGAGAGAAGAUGAUGGAAAGGGAGAAGAAGAGGAAGAAGAUUAUUUUGACAAGGAACUCGUUCAGUUAAUAAAACAAAGGAAAGAACAAAGUCGACAAGAUGAACCUUCCAACAGCAGCCAAGAAAUAAACUCUGAUGACAGGCGACCCCAAUGGAGACGAGAAGACCGAAUCCCUUACCAAGACAGAGAGAGCUACAGUCAGCCAACAUGGCAUCAUCGCGGACCUCCUCAGCGAGACUGGAAGUGGGAGAAAGAUGGCUUUAAUAAUAGUAGGAAAAACAACUUUCCACAUUCUUUGAGGAAUAAUGGUGGACCAAGAGGAUGUUCUGGGUGGCAUAAGGGUGUUGCAGGAGGCUCCACGACUUGGUUUCACAACCAUAGUAAUUCUGGAGGUGGUUGGCAUGCAAAUAGUGGAACGGUAGAUUGGAAUCAUAGUGGUACAGGAAGGAAUUCCAGUUGGCAUUCUGAAGGAACAGGUGGCUUUUCCAGUUGGCAUAUGAACAGCAGUAACGGAAACUGGAAAUCCAGUGUACGUAGUACAAAUAGUUGGAAUUACAGUGGCCCCGGAGACAAAUUUCAGCCAGGCAGAAACAGAAACUCUAACUGUCAGAUGGAAGACUUACCUAUGCUGUGGAAUAAGAAAUCUAAGUCUAACAAAUACAGUCAGGAUAGAUACAGUUGGCAGCGGCAAGAAAGCGACAAAGUUGGUGCGGCUGCCACAUACAGAGGGCCUUCUGAAGGAUUUACAAGCGAUACAUUUCCUUCAGAAGGCUUACUUGACUUCAAUUUUGAGCAGCUAGAAAGCAAAACUACUAAACAAACAGAUACCAUAGCUUCCAAAACUGGUGGGAAGAACAGCAGUGUAGCAAGGGAAAAGCUCCGCCGCUGGACUCCUUACCCUUCCCAGAAGACUCUGGAUUUACAAUCCGCAAUGAAAGAAGGCGCUGGAAACAAGGCAGAAAUGAUAGAUAAGCCUUUCUUUGGCUUUAGCUUGACAACCACAGGAGCAGCAGAGCCCCAGAAUGAUGGAAAGAGUAACUCCCCGGCGCUGAAAACACAAAAAGAAACACAUACUGGAUUGCUUAGUCACAAAGCCCCUUCUGACUGCACUGCUCCCUAUGAGGCGGUGAGAGAUUGCCCCGUCACAGAGAAACACGAACAAGAGCUUAACUUAAGUAAGAUGCCAUCAUUGAAAUCUGCACUCCUUCCAAUUCCAGUCACUAAAUCAGUUCCCCAGAACCCAGAUUUAAAGAAUCCCUCAAAAAACACCAAAACAAAUUCUUUUUUUCCUGGAGAACACUCAAAUCCCUUGAACAAACCCACUGUGGCAGACAGUCAUGGGUCUUACAUAACCAAAUUGCAAAGUUCAUGUCCUCGUGUUUUAAAAGGGAAUAAAAGUACAUUUGGCACUCAGGUGGAACCUGAUAAAAAUGUAAGUGAUACAUUACAAAAAGCCAAAGAGGUGCUACAGUGUCAUGAAUCACUGCAAAAUCCACUCCUUAGCACUUCUAAAAGGACCAGGAACUAUGCAAAAGCAAGUAGGAAUGUAGAAGAGUCUGAAAAAGGAUCUUUGAAGAUAGAGUUCCAGGUACGCACAUUAGAAGAUGAAAGUGAUGGGGAGCUAUCUGACACAGAAAAGCAUGGAACACAAAUUGGAGCCCUGGGUUCUGCACCUACAGAAAUUUUAUCCUGCAGCACUCACAUCACUGAUGAGAAAGACAGGGAUGAGCAAAACCUGAAAACAUGUAGAAAACUAUCCACUAACGCGUGUAAUUCAACAGUUCAUCAGAAAGAACCUGAGUUACAAAUGACGUCUGCAGCCAGUCCACACUCUGGCUUACUGCUAGACUUGAAAACUUCUCUAGAAGAUGCACAGGUUGAUGACCCUGUUAAAUCUCAUGUGUCUUACACAACAGAAGGUUUCGAGAGUGCUAGCUUGGAUGCAGAGCUUCAAAAAAACGAUAUCGGUCCGUCCUCAGGCCCUCUUCUGCCUGACCUCAGUAAGCUUGGCUUUCCUGCCUCUCUCCAGAGAGAUCUAACCAGGCACAUCAGUUUAAAGAGCAAAACUGGAGUACACCUUCCUGAGCCAAACCUCAAUAGUGCUCGCCGCAUACGCAAUAUCAGUGGUCAUCGAAAGGGUGAGACGGAGAAGGAGUCUGGGCUCAAGCCAACCCUUCGGCAGAUUCUAAAUGCAUCCCGGAGAAAUGUCAACUGGGAACAGGUCAUCCAGCAAGUAACCAAGAAAAAGCAAGAGCUAGGCAAAGGCUUGCCCAGGUUUGGCAUAGAAAUGGUGCCUCUAGUUCAAAAUGAACAAGAGGUCUUGGAUUUGGAUGAGGAGCCUGAUCUGUCUAGUCUCGAAGGAUUCCAUUGGGAAGGUGUUUCCCUUUCUCCUGGGUUGGCAAGGAAGCGAAGCCUUUCUGAGAGCAGUGUGAUCAUGGACAGGGCUCCUUCUGUGUAUAGCUUCUUCAGUGAGGAAGGUACAGGCAAAGAAAAUGAGCCCCAGCAGAUGUUUUCACCUAGUAACGCACUGAGGGCUGCACAGAGUCAGACAACAACCAUGGGCCUUAAGCAGGAAGUGACCCCUCUGGCUCUCUCCCUAAGAACAGGUGAAAGGGCUGAAAAUGUUGCUACUCAAAGGCGACAUAGUGUGCAAUUAUCCUCUGACCGUUCGAUACCUUUGAUGCAUUUGGCAAAAGACCUGAACAGCCAGGAGAGUUCUACGCCACCUUCAGAGAAUCAGAAUACCCAGGAGAGUAAUGGAGAAGGAAACUCUUUAUCAUCAAAUGCAUCCUCAGCCCUUGCAAUCUCCAGUUUGGCAGAUGCAGCCACAGACAGUAGCUGUACUUCUGGUGCCGAACAAAACGACGGCCAGAGUGUUAGAAAGAAACGCAGAGCUACCGGAGAUGGAUCUUCUCCUGAACUCCCAAGUCUUGAGAGAAAAAACAAAAGAAGGAAAAUUAAAGGAAAGAAAGAACGUUCUCAGGUUGACCAGCUGCUGAGUAUUUCUUUAAGGGAGGAAGAACUAAGCAAAUCAUUGCAGUGCAUGGAUAACAACCUUCUGCAAGCCCGUACAGCUCUUCAGACAGCUUAUGUUGAAGUUCAGAGGCUACUUAUGCUCAAGCAGCAGAUAACUAUGGAGAUGAGUGCACUGCGGACCCAUAGAAUACAGAUUCUGCAGGGAUUACAAGAAACAUAUGAACCUUCUGAGCGCCCUGACCAGGUUCCUUAUAGCCUUUCACGAGAACAAAGGAACAGUAGAUCUCAAACAUCUGCUGAUGCCACGCUGCUGCCUACUCCCUUUUUCCCAGUAUUUCUGGAGCCUCCAUCUUCCCAUGUGUCUCCAUCAUCCACCGGAGUCCCUCUCCAAGUAACCACAUCUCCUACUUUCCAAGCCCAUGGCAGUGUUCCUGCUCCAGACUCCUCAGUUCAGAUUAAACAAGAACCCAUGUCUCCUGAGCAAGACGAGAAUGUGAACGCUGUGUCACAAGGCUCUGCUGGCAAUGUGUCCAAGGAAUUACUGCAAGUUAAUAGAGAGAACAGUGACAGUUAUCCAGUUUAUCCAGUCAUCCCUGCAGCAUUAUCUUUAUCAGAGCUAACAGAAAGUUUCCAUGAGCCUAGCCAAGAACUGAAGUUUUCCACGGAACAAGGAAAUACCAGAAACAGAGAUAAUACUGCCUCUUCCCAACCAACUGGUCUUCCAAGCCUGAAUAAAGAAGAUGAGCCAAUCAAAGGCAACAGUGGGUCUGAGGCCUGUACCAGUUCUUUUCCAAGAUUGUCCUUUGCUUCCGAAACCCCCUUAGAGAAAGAGCCCCACUCUCCAGCUGACCAGCCCGAGCAGCAGGCAGAGUCUACUCUGACAUCAGCUGAAACUCGGGGAAACAAGAAAAAGAAGAAACUUAGGAAGAAGAAAACUCUUCGGGCUGCUCAUGUUCCUGAGAACAGUGACACCGAACAGGAUGUAUUUACUGCUAAACCUGUAAGGAAAGUAAAGACUGGAAAGUCAACCAAAGGGGGGAAAGUAACGACCUCCACCUGGGAAGACAGCAGGACUGGCCCAGAACAAGAGAGUGUCAGAGAUGAGCCAGAGAGUGACUCAUCUCUGGAAGUCCUAGAAAUUCCUAAUCCGCAGUUGGAAGUGGUGGCCAUUGAUUCUUCUGAAUCCGGAGAAGAGAAACCAGACAGUCCAUCUAAAAAGGAUAUUUGGAACUCCACAGAGCAAAAUUCAUUAGAAACUUCUCGUUCUGGUUGUGAUGAAGUUAGCUCUACCAGUGAGAUUGGCACUCGUUAUAAAGAUGGUAUCCCUGUAAGUGUGGCAGAAACUCAGACUGUGAUCUCCUCCAUAAAAGGAUCAAAGAACUCUUCAGAAAUAUCUUCAGAGCCAGGAGAUGAUGAUGAGCCCACAGAAGGGAGCUUUGAGGGGCACCAAGCCGCAGUGAAUGCAAUUCAGAUAUUUGGGAACUUAUUAUACACCUGUUCAGCAGAUAAAACUGUUCGAGUUUAUAAUCUGGUGAGUCGGAAGUGCAUUGGGGUCUUUGAGGGGCAUGCCUCCAAAGUGAACUGCCUCCUGGUUACCCAAACCUCUGGCAAGAAUGCUGCCCUUUACACUGGUUCCAGUGACCACACCAUUCGCUGCUAUAAUGUGAAGACGCGAGAGUGUGUGGAGCAGCUACAGCUGGAAGACCGGGUCCUCUGCCUCCAUAGUAGAUGGCGAACCCUCUAUGCAGGACUGGCAAAUGGCACCGUGGUCACCUUUAACAUAAAGAACAAUAAACGACUUGAAAUCUUUGAAUGCCAUGGCCCUCGGGCUGUCAGCUGUCUUGCCACAGCUCAGGAAGGUGCCCGAAAGCUGCUUGUUGUUGGAUCUUAUGACUGUACCAUUAGUGUCCGUGAUGCACGGAAUGGACUCCUUCUCAGGACCCUAGAGGGCCACAGCAAAACCAUUCUUUGCAUGAAGGUGGUGAAUGACCUUGUGUUCAGUGGCUCCAGCGAUCAGUCAGUCCACGCGCACAACAUUCAUACUGGUGAGCUUGUGCGGAUCUAUAAAGGUCACAAUCAUGCAGUGACUGUGGUGAAUAUCCUAGGGAAAGUGAUGGUGACUGCUUGCCUGGAUAAAUUUGUUCGUGUCUAUGAAUUACAGUCCCAUGAUCGAUUGCAAGUUUAUGGAGGACACAAAGACAUGAUUAUGUGUAUGACCAUCCAUAAAAGUAUGAUUUACACUGGCUGUUAUGAUGGCAGUAUUCAAGCUGUGAGGCUGAAUCUGAUGCAGAAUUACCGCUGUUGGUGGCAUGGUUGCUCUCUGAUAUUUGGCGUUGUGGAUCAUUUAAAACAACAUUUGCUCACUGACCAUACGAAUCCAAACUUUCAAACUCUGAAAUGUCGCUGGAAGAACUGUGAUGCCUUUUUCACCGCUAGGAAAGGGUCUAAACAGGAUGCUGCAGGACACAUUGAACGACAUGCUGAGGAUGACAGCAAAAUUGAUUCAUGAAGCUUUUUGCCUCCCAUGUUGGGAAGUUAUUAAUUGAACUAAUUUCACAUCGGCCCCUCACAGAGGCCACAAUCUUCCCUUCCCCAGAGAAGCAGGGAAGGAGAAAGUUGUUACCAGCCAGGCUUACCACUAACAUAAGUCUGGGCAGCUCUAUGGGAUGAUAGUUACACUUUAAGUUCUUACUGGAGGUUUGUCCGAUUUAAACAGAUUUUAGGGAACCAUACUUCUCUGAGACAGCAUGGAAUAUAGUCAUCUAUGCUACUAGUAUUCUCCAGAUGUUUAUUAAAAAUACAGAUCUUAAUUGGCUACUCAGUUUGACCCAUAUGAUUAAUAUGUAGUCGUUUCUUGAUUUCAGUUUGCAAGUUUUAGUUUACGUUCUUAUGAUGGUUUAAACCCAUAGUCCGGCUUUUUAAGUACAAGUUUGUUCAAAUGCUAGAUUUUUAGGAUCAGUUUUAAUUUUUUUAGUUCUAAUAACUGGGUAUUUAAAUUAGAAGCAACUAGUUUCCUUUCUUAACGAUUAUGUGCAGUGUGUUUCAAUAUCCUCUUGCUUUGUAGAUGGACAGAGCUAGCUUUAAAUCUCAAAGGGACACACGUAGAUUAUUAACGGCUAGAGCGACUGCUCUGCUGUAAUUUUAGGAACUCAGCAGAUCACAUAAUGACAAGUCCUCACAGAUAGCACUUCCUUUCGAACCUCUGUUCAAGUUGUGAUAAGAGUACUCAGUUCAAGAUAGUGCACAGACCCAACAUCUACCUUGGAAUUUUGCUGUUAGACCCAGGCACUCACUGCUGCAGGUAUUGUCAGGCUGUUUGAACUGGAGGUGUAGAUCUCCUUUUCCAGUUUUUGACUUGCCAGUCCUGCUGUGGGUUUGCAGCCUUUUAGUUUGCUCCAUUACAAAUCCCUUUCUCCUCCACUAUCUAGCUGCGCCCAGACUGUUGGCAGCCAUCAAAUGCUUCCUCUGGGCCCCUGGGGUGCUCUCCACCCACCUGCAGCACUCAAGAAGGGGGAGUUAGGAUAAAGCAUCUGAAUACAGUCUUGAGGGGCUCAAGCAGGCUUCUUAGAGACUUAUUUCUGAACUGGUGUCUUGCCUUCACCUUCCCCGUAGCUGGCCAAGAAGAGCGGAGCAUGGUGAGGGUGAAGACGCUACUUGUCCACUGAGAGCAGACAAAUUAACAAAGCCUAGUGAGGCUGCUUUGUUUCUGGAUUUUCUCUGGACUCUUGAGAGAAGCUAUAGAAGUGUUGCUUUCUAGCCUUUUGUUUCUGGAUUCUCAAAACUCUGAAAGAUUCUUCAGAGUGGUAGAAGGGAGAAGAGCUCAGUGCCACAUACCAGGCUUCGGGAUGUGACACCUGCUGUUUUCUAGGAUCGCGUAGCAUACAGGUUUAUCUCCACCCCUUUUAGUGCACACACACACCUACUCACAUGUCUUCACUCAAGCUCUAGGGCUGGGGGACUUCAUGAAGCAUUCAUGGAUAGGUUUCAAGAGGGUAUGAAAUUGUACGCAAGUAUGUGUUCUUUUUUUCCAGGAAGAGCUCCAGGGGUUCUUACUGGAUCCAAAAAAAAAAAAAAAAAAAGCUAAUCUAAGAGCUACUACUAAAUAACGAAUGGCCCCAAAAGCUGUUUACUUCUAUCCUUGUGAAUAGGAAGACUUUUUGACCAGACUGUUGAUGUUUGCAUGAUACCUGAGAGAGAAAGGAGAAGAUUCUCUUGCAUAAAAUGUAUUUGUGCCGUUUCUGUAUGCGAUUAAGAAGCUUUCUUACCUCUCCUCCUCAUUUCCUGUACGGAUGAGCAGGGAAGCCAGGCUGUCAUGUGGGUUUGGGAAGGGGGUUUUCCCAGGAAAGCUGUCAGAAAUUAUUACUACACCUGGCAUUUUAUUCAGGGCUGUCGUGAAGCUGCAUUUCUGUGUUGAUUGGUCAGUGUGUUAAGACAGUCUUGCAUACUCUGUUACGCGUAGGUGCUCUUCUGUCCUGCCUGAGGACAUGUCUGAAAAGAUGAGCGUGGUGGAGCCUUUGGACAGCAGGAAGGGGAUAUGUGAGGUGUUGGGCAAUCGUGGGGAACCUUUGAAGGUAUGAUAGAAUCAGUAACAACUGAUUUGGGUUUAAUUUUGGUAGAAUUGUGCAUAGUCUAUCUGCCGUUGUGUGUGCAGGGUGAAUGUUCCUUGGACGUGUGUAUGCGCGUGGGCACCUAUACCUGUAAUGCUUUUCCUCAUUUCACACACACACACACACACACACACACACACACACACACACACAAUUUGAGGUCAUGGUAAUAAUGUCUUUGUUUCAAGAAUGUGUGAAAUUCUUUUAUUGCAGGUUAGUGUGUUAUCCUAAGUGCACUAUUUGAGCCCUCUGUUUAGAAAUAAAGGCACCAUAAGCAUCUUGGCUGCUUAUGGUGGUGUUAUUACUUUUAGGGGUCUUGAAAGGUAUGCAGAACUUUGACUGUUUUUUUGUCUUUUACAGUGUCUUAACUGGUGCUAGCCCUCUGUCUUCACUUAGAGAAGAGGGGUGGCUCAGGAUUUUGCCUUGACUUGGUAUUUAGUGCUUAAUGAAGGAAGGUGUUAACAUGACCUGACAAAACCCAACUCAUUUCUUGUAAGGAGUUGGAGGCCAUUUUUAGAAUGUUAUCUUUAAUUGCCUGUGCCUACUUCUAACGGCUAGAAGCCAAGAAAACUGUGGUUAUCAGUCCUUUUGUGUGCUUAUGCUAGCGUUUUAAUGGCAGCUUGUUAUGACAAGCUAUCAGUCACUUCAAGUUCUAUCCUAGAGUUUUUAAUCAGGUUCAAAACUUAUUUUGGCACUCCUCUACUCAGUUAGAAAGCAGUUAAGCACCUAAGAGCAAAGAAUUAUCUCCAACUGAUGUUACUUGAAACUGAGGAAACGCCAUUGCUACUACAGUCCUACUUUUGUGGGGAAAAUAUUUUUCUGCCUCAGAAGUGAGCAGUUGAGUGUUUAGCUCCUGACCUUCCUGUAAUUUAUAGGCAAUAUUAUCGCUGUUCACGUGAUUGUUUGUCUAACAGAGGGAGCUUUUUUGUUUUUGUUUUGGGAUAUUGUAUACAGUAGACAACUUUAGUGAGUAGGUAUGUGGACAAUGUGGUGGGAGUAGGUAUACAACACUUAGUGGAAUGGUACAGUAUAUUUUAUGGAAAAGAAUUCAUCGGAGGGGAGAUCAAAGUAUCUUGUGAAGUGGGAUUUAAACAGCACAUAUCCUCUUGGUUUGCUCAAAUCACUAUAAUUUGUAUGCGCAUACUUAAAAAUUUUGUUUCUGCUACCAAAAGGAGACCUCCUAAAACUGUUACAUACAAAGGCCAUGCCUGCCACAUGGGUAAAAUUGUGAUUUCAUCCCUGCCCCAAAUGAUCACGAUUUUCAGGAUUUCAGAGAAGCCGUCUAAUGGAUAUGAUAGAAGCCAUGAUGGAGGUGGUUUGGGUUGUAUGAGUUCCACAUGCAAGUGGAUGUGAAAUCUUGGUGUAAACCAAACAUAGUGCUUACCAGACAGUAACCUCUAACCUCACCUCCAGCCCCCAAGUCUGUGGCCCUGCUGGGUCACAUGACAACUGACUCCUAGUUUUGCCCUAAAUUCAAGGCCGUAGCCCAGUUGAAUCAGUGGGGGAGGAAGUUAAGGAGGAAAGGCUGUUGAAGAUCUUUCUCCUGCUUAAGAGAAAUAUAUGCCCUAGAGCUGCUCCAGUACCCUUGGUCUCUGAAUUUUUUUAUAUAUUGAAUAUGGAUUAGAAGAAUGAAAUCAGAUGACAUUUGACUGCAAAAAUGUUUAUAAGCAAAUAGCUUAGCCUUCUUACAUUUUGGUAUAAAGCUGUGAACUUCAUAACUUUGUAAAGCAAGAUAUAAAGCAAAUACAAGAGGAAAAUAAAGUACUUUUACUAAUUGUUUA